AUGCUUCCCACCAUACCCACCUUCCUCAUUACCAUCACCACCCUCUUCGCUCUCCCAGCAACCUCCCUCCUCCGCUUCUCCUGUUCCCAACUCGUCGUCGAGCGCCUCGACCCGCUCGUCAACCCGGGCGUAAGCGGCUCCCCCCACCUCCACCAAAUCAUCGGCGGCAAUGCGUUCAAUAUCUCCAUGGACCCGUCUAUUUCUCCCUCUGAUAAAGCCUCCUGCACCACCUGCACUUUUGCCGAAGACUUCUCCAACUACUGGACCGCUGUAAUGUUCUUCAAAGCCAAGAACGGAACGUUCAAGCGCAUCCCGAUUAAAGGGAAUGUGGGAUUUGAGCAGAGUCAGGGGGGGAUGACGGUGUAUUAUUCGCCGCAGACUAAGGGGGCCAAGGGUACGACGGCGUUUAAGAAAGGGUUUAGAAUGAUUGUUGGGAAUCCAACGUAUCGGACAGAAGCGCAGGCUAAACAGUUCCGCCAACUCACCUAUACAUGUCUGCAGAAUGCCAACACGCGCUCUGGCGAAACCUUGGAUUUCCCCAAGAAGCCUUGUCCAGCGGGUAUUAUGGCAAACGUAAGGUUUCCAACAUGUUGGGACGGCCAAAACCUCGACUCCCCCGACCACAUGAGCCACGUCGCCUACCCUACUACCGGAACCUUUGAAAGUGGUGGCCCCUGUCCAUCCACUCAUCCCGUUCAGAUCCCUCAGCUCUUCUACGAAGUCAUUUGGGACACUACGAAAUUCAACGACAAGGCCCUCUGGCCCGCUGAUGGCUCCCAGCCUUUUGUAUGGAGCUUUGGUGAUCCAACCGGGUACGGCAACCAUGGAGAUUAUGUGUUUGGCUGGAAAGGCGAUGCGCUACAGAAAGCAAUGGAUGCGAACUGUAAUAUCAAUUGCCCACAACUGAAGACACAGAGUAUUACGACUGGGAAUCAGUGUUCGCAGAAGCAGAUUGUGAAUGAGGAUUUGGAUGGGUGGUUGACGGAAUUGCCAGGUGGGAUGAGGGUUACGAUAAAGUGA